AUGUCAUACGUUUGGUGCUCUUUAGUAAAUCUUUUGCUCUUGGUCCUUAGUGUAUCCGCGGAGAACUCUCAACGGAUCACAAAUGGCUAUGCGGCGGCUGAGGGACAAUUUCCCUACGUAGUGGGCCUUCAGAUCGAUAACAAAGAUGCCUCCAGUUGGUGGUGUGGCGGUAGUAUUAUCGGUCACAUGUGGAUCUUAACUGCAGCCCAUUGCAUGGAACGUGCCUCGGGAGUCACUGUUUACUAUGGCACAACACAGCGUGCCCAGUCGGAGACAGUGGUUUAUAUAGAUGAACGUGAUAUUAUCAUACAUUCGGAUUUUGAGACAACUAACAUAUUGAUAAAUGAUUUGGCUUUGAUACGAACACCAUGGAUAAGUUUUACACAACUCAUACAGAACAUUUCAUUGCCGAUGCCCAAGGAUCGGAAUCAGACCUACGCCGGUCAAUGGGCCAAGGCUGUGGGCUGGGGUCAACUAUCGGAUGCGAUUACCUUGCUACCCGAUCAAUUGCAAUGGCAGGAAAUGCCAAUUAUCGAGCAAUGGCAAUGCGAACUAUAUUAUGGUCAAGUGGCAGACGGCGUCAUCUGUGUGGAUACAUCCAGCCAUCGUUCACCUUGCUGGGGUGACUCUGGUGGUCCACUUGUCAUUAAUGGUGGCACCAAACUGAUUGGCGUCUCUUCUUUUGUACCAACUAUGGGCUGUGAAAUCGGUAAGCCAGCAGGAUAUGUAAGGCUAACUGAAUAUCUCGAGUGGAUAGCGAAAAAUACGGGUAUAUACUGA